UUAGGGAAACAGAACAUCUCACUUCACGAUAGUGUGCCUCAACAGACGAAAACUAUUAUUAAAUCAUUAUUGGUAAAGGAAAAACUCAAAUUAAUUAUCUCGUACCAAACAGAAAAUCGACACAAUACAGUAUUUUAUAAUCAUUAAUUUUAUUAAUGGUUAUAAAUAAUUUUAUAAUCAUUAAUACCGCAAUUUUUAUAAUAUUUGCCUACCGGCUUCCAGCCUCUUCUAACACGUGAACACAUGUUACACUUGCCCAGCACUUGCCACCCAGACAGNGCGUGAAAGUCACGUGUUCAGGACAUUGCACUUCGGUACUUUUCUCAUUGCGUGCACCGUGCAACAAGCUACCACUGACAAAAAGUAUUCGCAUGCCCAGUCCCCCAGGAGAAAGGAGAAUUUGUUCGACGGUUGGACGGACCUGGCACUGUUCUGGAUGAUUGUGGACAACAUAGUAUAUUAUUCAGUGCCUGUUAUACUCUUUGAUUCAGUGGAAGGCCGUUAUAAUUGGUUUUUAUUGGCGGCUUUUAUAAAUGCAAGUUGAAAGGCUAGCUAUCACUUGUAGAUUUAAUUUAUAGCGAAUCCCCAGAGGACUCCAGUUAGGAAUAUAAAGUGGCACUUGUAGAAAAAGUGAAAUCUGUUGAUAACGUCGUUCAGCACUAGUCAAGAAUGGCGUAUUUACCUUCACGCAUGUUUUCACACUUGAAAUACACACAGUAUGUAAAACUAUUUGGAAAUUAUAGGAGCAUCCAUUCAAAGAACGGUUUGGUACUUGGGGUCUAUUCUGAAGGAGGUGGGAAAGUAGCUUUUACAAAAGCGGCCGAACGUUUUAAUGAAGAAACUAAAGGAAAAUUACAAGAAGACCUUUCAGUUGCUGGUCCUACCCUUGGAAAAGGCAAGUCUCGUAUUUUCUAUAAUUUAACUUCCGAGUUCCCUGUGGUAUCUGUUGUGGGUUUGGGGAAUGAAAAUGCAUGUUAUAAUGAAGAAGAGCAACUACAUGAAGACAAGGAAGCUGUCAGAGUUGCUGCCGGAGUGGGAGCACAGCAACUACUGACUAUUGGUGUAACAGAUAUUUUUGUAGAAGACUUGGGAGAUCCACAGGCUGCUGCUGAAGGAGCAGGUCUUGGUGUCUGGAAAUAUCAAGGGUUCAGAAAUAAAGCGAAACAAAAGCCUCUACCUAAACUGGAAUUGUAUUGUGGGGACAAAGAAAAGUGGAGCAAAGGUUUAAAGGUUGCAGAAGCACAAAAUCUGGCUCGACAGCUCAUGGACACCCCUGCGAAUCAUAUGACACCUACACUGUUUGCGAAGAAUGCUGUUGAUGUUUUAACUCCUCUGGGUGUUGAUGUAUGUGUUCAUGAUAAAGCAUGGGCCGAAGAAUUAAAAAUGGGCUCAUUCCUAUCAGUUGCUAAAGGUUCAAACGAACCCCCAGUGUUUCUUGAAAUAUCUUAUUCUGGCGGAGAUAGAGAAGAAAAGCCGACUGUUCUUAUUGGCAAGGGAGUGACAUUUGAUAGUGGAGGUAUCUCUAUCAAAUCGGCUUCUGCCAUGGACGAAAUGCGAGCUGACAUGGGAGGCGCAGCUUGUGUUGUGGGAGCUAUAUAUGGCGCAGCAAGUUUGAAGAUGCCACUUAACGUUGUUGGGCUUAUUCCUCUGUGUGAAAACAUGCCAAGUGGUGGUGCUAAUAAACCUGGCGAUGUGGUUACUGCAAUGAAUGGUAAAACCAUCCAGAUUGAUAACACUGAUGCUGAAGGACGACUUAUUCUUGCUGAUGCUCUGUGUUAUUCUGAAAAAUUUCAAGGACAAUUUAUUAUUGAUAUUGCUACUUUGACUGGUGCCAUACGAAUUGCUUUGGGAAAUGCUUGUACAGGAGCUUACACAACCUCAACAGCUCGUUGGAAGCAACUAGAAGAAGCUGGUUCUGUUACUGGUGACCGUUUUUGGAGGAUGCCUUUAUGGAAAUAUUUUAGUUCACAAGUUACAGAUGUUCCUGCUGCAGAUGUGAACAAUGUGAGCAAACUUAAAAUGGCGGGGUCAUGCACAGCGGCAGCAUUUCUCAAGGAAUUUGCUCCCAAAGUAGACUGGAUGCAUUUGGACAUCGCUGGGGUUAUGGGUCCAGCACCUUGCGAUGGUGUCCCGUACCUAGUUAAAGGAAUGACUGGAAGACCCACUCGUGCCUUAAUACAUUUAUUGGCCCUGCAAUGUUGAGUAUGGAUUCUACUUUAUAUUACAUUGCAAAUGAUGUUGAGAAUUUUCAACAUCUCAAAACAUGGUUGCCAGGAAUCUUACCAAGGAAGAAUUCAAGAUAAAACAAGGAGAAAGCUUUCCUUUUUAUUUACAAGAUCUACAGUUACACAGCUUAUAAAAUUCCAGAGAAAAUUAGGCAUUUUGUACAAAGGUAAAAGAAAUAUAUAUGUACAUAACUACUACCAAAGCCCUGAACAGUAUAUACUGUAUAUGAAUAAAAUUGUAUAAAAUGAAGAUAAGUUACAGGUGUAUAGUUGCCUGUUGAGAUGAAGAGAUCCUAUAAAGGAUGGUAGUAGCCAGAAAUAGGAACACAAUUAUAUUUUACUUUUGUACUGUCAUUCAAUAUGUGUAUCAACAUUAAGUUCAUAUUUUCACACAACAAUUUGACCACAGUACUUUUACACUCACAAGACCAUUCCAUUAAAUUACAUUUCAUUACACGUUAAUAAAAUUUUAAUGUGAAAUAUCAACAUUUUAGUGGUUAAAGCUUACAUAUUAAGUCAACAAAAUGUACAGCUUAAAAAUUAACAAAACUUUUUACAAAUUGUUAUCGAAAACAUGUGAUUUACUUUUUUCAACAGCGAAAAUUCUAUUUUCUUGGUAAUUAUUUUCUAGCAUACAAAAAUAUACAAGCAAACCAUUUAACUUUUGGUUUCGUAUUUUACAGCAAUUGAUAAAGUUUCCUUAAUCUCACUGACGUUCCUUUCCAUUCUUUCCCAUCUUUCAUCACUGAAAACGUCUAAUGUAAACCAAUACUUGCAUAUUUGGUAUUGAAGACUGGAGAUCGUAUACUUCUUUUCACUGCAUGGCAGAAUGUUUAUUGAACUUUUGAACUGAUUGAAAAAAGAAGAGAUUCGCAAAAUCUCAGAAUUGCACACUUAAUACCUUCUUAUUCAGAGUUAUUUCCCAGAAUGCAAAAAAUAAGUGGAACACAUCUCCGGGAAUCUAAAACGCUUCAAUAAAAUUAACAGUAAUCACUCCAGAAAGAGGAAUUGUUUGUCCAGUGUUGCAGGAAUGAAUGUGGUAUUUUUCACUUAAACGUAUACAGUACAUACUACUUCAGUAGAAGUCCCAAUUCACCAUCUACAUGGCACAAUAAUGUCCUAUCUAAAUUUUUCCCAAAAACGUAAUGACCACGCAUGGUCCCAACGUGGGAGGGUUUAGGGGGCAGUUCCAUAGUCCACAGCGCCGCGUCCUCUGCCACGACCUCGACCCCUGCCUCUGCCCCGGCCCCUCCCCCGCCCCCGUCACCUUCGCCCCUCCGGCAGACCUAUGUUGCUGGUGGUCUUCUCUAGGUAUGCCAAAGGGCCCUGAAGCACACCUCCGCCAGGGCCUUGCCCUGGGAAGCCAGGGGGGCCCCGAGGGCCGCCAGCUGCUGCCUGUUGCUGUAGAAACAUGGCCUGCUGGGCUGCCACCAGCCCUCCGGGUCCCCCGCUGCCAGACGCUACUGGCAUGCCAGUGGGGCCCUGAAAACAGACGCGUGCCGUUUCAGUGAGGAACCCACAAGGGGCUCACUGAAACACCCAGGAAACAAAUAAAAAUUCAAAAUAAAGAAAUAAUAAAAAUAACUUCAAAUAAAAAUAGAAAGGUUUAUUUUGUAGACGUAGCAACAAACAAAAACAAAACAAAACAAAAACACUAAGAGACCCAAAAGAAAUGAAUUUUACAUCCAAACCCAUUUCAAAAUCAAAUUUUAAGACUACACUUUUAAAUAAAACAUAAAAAUAAUAUGCAUUCAGAAGAUUCCAAGAAUGUUCCAGCAUGCAAAUAAUGUAUAAGAUUUGAUGUGGUCAGAAAUUGGAAACCAUGCAGACCUAUUGCUCCUGAACCACAACCACCACCAUUGUCUAGGAUGUUGCAGCUAGAACAAACAUCAUGCUCGCUAACUGACUUUGCAUUCCGCACCCAAUUUAUCACAAUGAUUCUGAUGAACUGAAGUUUUUGUGAAAAAACUUUAUUCUGUAACAAAUUUGGGACCAGCGUGGUAACAAAACAGUUCCUUAUUUCACACCAAUUUUUCAAAGUAAUUAGCAUUUAUUACCACAUCCAUUUCAGCAGAAUUGGAAUGACAAAUAUCUUCUGUAAUGCUAACAAUUCAAUACAUAUUAAACAUGAAUAUACUGUAUAAAUAUUUUUUCUGAUACUAACUUUUGUAUCAUUGCUUCUAUACUAACAGAGCAAAGGCACUGAUAUUCACUCUUUGGUUGCACUAGACUAUAAAAAUACAAUAUAGGACACUAUAAAUUAUGAAUUACAUUGAAUAAUUGUGAGCUAUUCUGACAUGACUGAACUCCAAGUAAGAAAGGUUGACAGACACAGAAGUCAUUCUAUCCACCACCACUACCCAACAUUAAUUGAAGGGAAAGUGGUAUCCUAUUGAAUUAACGCUGAUUUUUGCUCCUAUCCAUAUGCUACCUGUUGUUGCAUUUGUUGUUGCUGCUGCAUCUGUUGUUGCAUUUGCUGCUGUUGUAUCUGCUGCAAUUGUUGUUGCUGCAACUGCUGCUGUUGUAAUUGCUGUUGCUGUAUUUGUUGUUGCAUAUUAGCAGGCAUAGCAUUGCCUUGUGGUGGUGCUCCAGGUGGAGGAGCAGGAGGCUGUGGUCCUCCAGCAUUGCCAUUAGGCAAUCCGGAUGGUGCAGAACCUUGUGCAGGUGAUUUAGCCCAUCCUUGGAGGUCGGCAAGCAAGUUUUGCCACACAGUUAUUUUGUCAUAAUGACGUUUAAUGAGUUCUUCUUUUCUUAGAAGCUCCAAUCGUAGUUCACUUAUAUCCUCUUUAACAACUAAUUCUGGUUUCAGAGCUGAAAGAAGAAAGCGCUUUUGCAAAAAGAAUGCUUCCAUUUGUCGGGCCAGGUCAAUAAACCGAAGAAUUGUAUGGUCGACUUCAACACGAAUUUCAUCCUUUUCCAUAGUAGGCACGGCUUCAUCCUUCGUCAAAACAUUCAGACAUGACUGAAAUGCUUCUUCAAACUCAUCCACCAAAUUUCCAUUCCCAUUUGUUGUCGUAGCCAUUGUGUUUUCCUCCUAAUAAUACCAAUUUGCCCACUUCACUUCACCCUAUUGCGUAUCAUGGCUGGCUUUCAGGCCUUCUUUAAGCUGAAAUUCCAAGCCAUGCAAGUAGCAAUCUCGUAAAUGUUACUGCAAUUUGCUAUCCCAUUGAAACUCCAUGGCUCCCGCAAUCCAAUCACCGGUUUCAACGUUCAGCAUAUUGCAAUUCGGAGAAAUAAAGCGACACUAGCGCACUCUGUGAGACAUUUUCAGUUAUAAUGCGAUUUUUAUAACUGCGCCUCAAGGCCUGUUUUCACGGUGGCAUUAUGUCACUUCAUUUCGCGUCUUUCUCUCUGACGUUCCGCUAGAUGUCGCAUGAUC